AUGCUGGAUUUGGAGAUGGGAUCCACGGAAUUGACGGAUGAUGCACGAAUUGGGUUUGGUGAUGCGGACUUUAUUGAGAUGCGCGAGGGGACUUCUAUUUAUACCCUGACCAUUGCGGCUGCGCUGAGCGGCUGGUGUGCGGCCGGUGAUAGUGAGGUUACUCAAUUCGGGCAGGAGGGGACGACAAAUAACGCAGCCAACGAUCAGCCUCAAUAA